CCCGUUUGUCACAUUCCCAUCCUUGACUAUCGUCCCGGCGAUAGCGAUAAACCUUCAUUCUGCAUUUCCUUUUGCUGCCCACUUCCUGCCCUUCGUGCUCACGAAAUGAUGCACCCAAUUCAGAACACUUUUCUGGGUCGAUCUUUUAUAUAAUUGCCCAUUCGCUCGUUACUUAAUACCAAUGUAAAAAAAAAGAGAAUAUGGCUCUUACGCCCACAGUCUCUCGGAUGCACCCUUCAGCCUCCGGGCCAAGUCUCAGAUUCACUCCUUCAAAUUCUCCUUGUCAAAAAAGCUUUGGCCGACGACGUCCCAAUCAAGAUUCUGGCCUCAUAUUGCGAAGAGUUAUUGGGACCACGACAGCCUCAGUAUGUGGCUUUGACUGCCUUCCCUCCGGACCAUUUUUUGCCUUUACAGCUGGCGCGGGUGUCGUGGUUGUGCAACUCGCCGAUGACGGCUCCUCCAGCCAGCGCUUUUACAGAGCCAAGCCCUCUGCCGUUCCUUUAAACUUCUCGAAUCAUCCUUUUCCAUCAACUCCGAUCAACCCUUCUAUUGAAGUGCGAAAUCGUGCCGUAUCUUCCCUUCGCGAUGUAGGCGUGGGAUAUUCGCCUUCCUUGUCAUCGCCAAUCGGCGACUGGGGUGAUUCCCCGAGCAACAAAACCUGGUCCGCCCGAGAGAGGAUCAAGGCAGCGACUUCAACAUCGUUUAGUCCAGAUGGACGCUUCAUAGCCAUUGGCGAAACCGGAUACAAACCGCGCGUCCUGAUCUUUUCUUUGGCCGAAGAUGCUUCACAAGAGACACCGUUAGCACUCCUCUCGGAACAUACCUAUGGCGUCCGCUGCCUUGCUUUCAGCCCAGAUUCGUCGUACCUGGCAAGUCUCGGAACGGUCCACGAUGGUUUUCUGUAUAUCUGGGCAGUUAACCCUCGCACGGGAUCUACGCGGCUUCAUUCGAGCAAUAAGUGCAUCUCUAACGUAUGUGCCAUGGCAUGGAUUGGCAACAGUCUUGUGACGAUAGGUACAAGGCAUGUCAAAGUCUGGCGUAUUGAAGAACCUACAACGACCUCUCCAUCCAAACAGCGCUUUGCCUAUGAAGCAACGCCGACAUCGAAUGUAGCCAACUUGUCGGUGAAGACGCUUGCUGGACGUAAUUGUCUUUUAGGCCCUAUGGCUGAGGCAACCUUUUCCUGCAUGACAAGCAUCUCUGAUGAAAAGGCCAUAAUCUGCUCUCAAAAGGGCGAUAUAUGUUUACUGGAUGAUAGUGAUGGGACACAAAAGUUUACCAAAUUGGCCGACGUUGGUUUCGGCGUCAAAGCGGUCACUCCGAGCGCAGACGGUCGAUUUGUCUUUUUCGGGGGUGCCCAAGGACAGGUUCAAAGCUUGCCUUUGAGCGAACUUCUCGCACAGAAGCCCCGAACUCCAUCGCCGACCUUGUCAACAUCUCCGGAGAGUCAAUCUUCUCAAGAGGCUUGUGCGCCCGCUGAGAUUUUAGCCAUGGCAUCCUUAAAUGAACGCCUCAUUUUGAUUGAUUCGACACGGUCAGUGCGUGUCAUGAACAUUGAUACUGCUGAACGGACUCCCACGCCCAGCUCAGCUAAUCUUGAGAUACCCGCUCAUCAAGCUGCAGUGAUGGGUGUAGGCUUCCUUUCAAAAGCCGAUGAAUCGCACUCCCUCUUCUUUACCUGGUGCUCUGACGGACUCGUCCUGUUUUGGAACCGUGACGGAAUCUGCACAGGGAGGUGCAAGAUUGAAUUGGAGCAACCGAUUUACUCCGAUGAAGAUGUACCUAACGAGCUUAAGGUGGUGCGGGCGUCACCCACAGCUGAGUAUUUAGUUUCGGGAGAUAGAUAUGGCGUUUUGCGAGUUAUUGAUAAUGCUACAAGAAAAGGCAUAUUUGACGUCAAGGCGCAUGGGAGCGAAAUCACUGAUAUUGCUAUUAUGGAGCGUGAAGACUUUUCACUCAUUGCCAGCUGCGCGAGAGACCGGAUGAUACAACUUUUUCGACGGACGGAGGACUCUUGGGAAUUGAUCCAAACACUUGACGAACAUAGCGGCGUUGUCGCUGGAAUCUGUUUCCUCCAAGAAGGAAAUCUUCUUGCAUCUUGUUCGUCGGACCGUACAGUGGUUGUAAGAGAAUUUGUUUCGAGGGGAAAUGAAGAGGACUCGCAAAGCCAGGCUUUUGCAUACACACCUCUACGAAUUCUCAGUCUCAAGUCCACACCAAUUUCUGUCACAUCUGUUGAUGAUGGAGACGCCAGCCUACUUGUGUCGACUGCAGAUCGUCAGAUUCUCCGAUACGAAGCGCGGUCAGGUCGACUGGUGCAGAGCUUCCGAACUACAGAUCAGGAGGGUAACGACUCCGUGGUCAUGGACUCUCUCGUUGCGAGCAAAUCAUCAGGCUUGAAGAAGCAGGCAAUAUUGGCUGGUGUGUCUCACAUGGAUAAGUCAAUUCGCAUUUACGACCUCGGCUCUGGGACACUUAUGGCCAAGGAAUUCUCUCACACGGAAGGCGUAAGUGAUUUGGCCAUGUUGGGCGGCCUCUCGCACAACCCAGAAGAGCCGGAGAAGCGGACAAUGAUUAGCACUGGCUGCGAUGGAACUAUUAUGAUAUGGGACUAUAUUCCCAGAUUAUCGCACCUUCAGGAAGCCUUUGACUAUUUGCCCAGAGCGGGCGAGGAGCAGCCCAAUAAGGACAUUACAGCGAUGAAACCGCCAUUGCGGCGUCUUCUAUCGAAAUCGGAGCUUGCAGACUUUCGCAGGCCGCCAGGCUUAGACAACGGUCCACCUGCUGCAUCACUGCGGUCGCCGCCUCGGCCAGUCAAGAAAAAGUCCUCAUUUAAGCAUGGCAACAGUAAUAGUUCUGUCCAGCAGCAACCGUCCCGCAGAGGUGCAACUUCUCCCGUGCCCUCUUUGCAGCCAAAUUCUGCGUCUCCCACGGCAACAACCGACCAUCUAAAUCGCAAAGCCCAUUUGCGAGAUCGUUCCUCGUCGCCAUCGAGUCCGCCAAAGGCCAGAGCGCGAAGCCAGACACGCCGGUCGUCAUGGGAUUCUCGACAUACAGCUGCCAAAGCAAGGACUACUAGGGGCGCAAACGACUCUGGCAGCAGCAAUAGCCUGAACAAUGCGACUGAACAACUUUGUCGUUCGCUACGCGCUUAUCGAAAGAAGCUCUCUACGUCAUCAGAAAACGUCAGCGUCGAGAACGCCAAUGAGCUCGACCGGGAACUCCGACUCACAACUCAGAGCCUUGGCGAUAAAGCGUCGCGACUAAAGGGAAUCAGCGAUGCUGUAGUGGCAGAAUUACUGGAUCAUUAUUCUGAUCGGAUGCUCGAAAUGAUUGACGAGAAGAUAGCAAAGAGCCUCGCUACAAAAGCAUCCGCUGCGGCUUCAUCACAAACUCUUGCGGAACCGUUGCCAGAGUCACCAGCAAUAUCUGUGCAUGCAGUCGACGAUGAAGAUGACGAUUUCCUCGGCCAAAGUCAAGACGAUCCGCCUUCGUCUCCGCCAGUGGUUCUAUUACGCUCUCCAGCGCGAUCUGACACUGUAUAA